CAAGCUCACACUCCACCCUUCUUCGACAAGGGCUAGCUCGAAUCGUGAGCAGCUACCGUGAGGCUAAGACUAAACGCGCAAGGACUAUGGCUUUUACCUCGGGACCAGGGACAUGGUCUCCCCGGGGACGGGCUAGCCAGUAGAGACUUGGCGUUGCCAGACGUGGUAUCUCGCUUCAGCUGGAACUAAUUGAAUGGAUGAGGAAGACGCCGUUUGAAUCAGAUGGACAGUCGGAACUUGGACUCGCUGCACAUGGAAACUUUUCACGGGCAGGCAAAAUGCGUGCGUCCGGCGACCCCACCGGCAGCCCAGAAGAAUCCUAAGAAAUCCCCGGCACAGGCCGAGGACCCCGAUCAGGGAGGGCACACUCGUUCACAGAGUGACACAAAGCAGAUUUCUUCGCACUGUGACACUCUUCUCGUCUGUCCGUCAAAGAAACAGAAUCCGUCUGGCGUGGAUCGUGAAUCUAGGGGCAUCUCCGCCUCCAGUCCAUCAGCCGUGUAUUGCCUUGUCAUGCCUCAGCUCUCUGCUUUCUUAAGCUCGCCCCAUACGGGCUGGUCUCACGGUCUGGUCUGGUUUCCUUCUUCACUGUCAUUUCUUCACGGCCUGCUCGUCGUCGUCGGCAAUGGACUACGACUCCUUUGAUGCGCUCGUGCAGUAUCUCUUCAAGAAGACUCAGGGUGACGCCUGGUUUAAGCCUUCGGAGGAGAAUGUGUCUGCCGGUGUCUGUCUUCGCGUCGAGCCUGGCCAUUUCCGCGUGUUCCCUUACGAAAACCCUUUCCUCAUUCCCUUCGAGGCCGCCGUCCGUAGCCUGAACCCGCUCGUCGCUAUCAAGGUUCGCAGUGCCGCCGUCCAUGCAGCCUUGGCCACAGUCUCGGAAGACGCGACUGCCAUCUACAUCGACCAUGACACGCGCAUCCAGAUUCUGGACAGCAUGGCCCAUCUCCCUCAGGCCGAGAAGGAACAAUCCGGCGCAUUCUUGCGCGACGAACGUGUUCUGAUCGUCUGGUCGGAUGAUAUCGACAGCAUCGUCCCUCACUGCGCCGACUUUGAGGAGAAACUGAUGAAGCUCGUCUGGCGUUUCCGGACGCAGAACGGGAGUGCGUCGGUCCUCACCUCAGGCUCCGUCGGGGCCCCAUCGACCACUGCUUCCGACGUCAAUUUGACGGAGAAGCCCGCUCUUGGGCCGAUGACGGAAGGCGGGCUUGAUAUUGAUGCCGUUGCGGCUGCGCAUGCGGAGAAGACGCAGGCGCCGCCGAAGAAGAACCGAGUAUGUGGGUGGUGGAAGCUGGGCUCGAGGAGCUCUGGGCCAGCGCCCGGGGACCCAGAGAAGCAGCAGGCGCGAAAGGACAUGCGCCCUAUCCGGCUGUUUGCGCCGUUUUACAACGGGCUUGGGGCGGGGCUUGCUGUUUUCUUUAUGGCCAGUGGGACUGAGAUUCUCUUGGCCGAGUGGCGCCAGGAUGGCAAGGUUUCUCGGUUCGGGCUGAUUGGUACGAUGCCGUUCCUUGUCUGUGUUGCGCUGUUCUUUGCGCUCCAAGUAAUCGCCGCCAUCUCAUACUUAGUCGGUCCCAUUGCACAGUAUCACGAGAACUCGCGAUACUACUCUGCGAUCCGUCCUGAGCCGAAUCCGGAAGUCGACGCUCAGCUUCCUCAUGUCACGGUCGAGCUUCCCGUGUACAAGGAGAGUCUCGAAGAAACGAUUGCACCAUCGGUCUAUUCGCUCAAGAAGGCCAUGCAAACGUAUGCCCGACAGGGUGGCACUUCUGCUAUCUUUGUCCACGACGAUGGGCUUCAGCUCCUUAGCGAGGCCGAACGUGAGAAACGGAUCGCGUUCUACGCCGACCACAACAUCGGCUGGGUCGCUCGGCCGAAACACGAGGAUUCGCCCGAAGGUUUCAAGCGUGCGGGUCGAUUCAAGAAGGCGUCCAACAUGAACUACGGGCUGGCACUAUCCCUCAAGAUGGAGGCCAAGAUCCUCGAACUCGAGGCCCAGGAACGGAUGGGCCAGAUCACCAUUGGAGAUGAUGAGUCUCUUGAGGACCGAGCCCUAGCUCUCGCCAUCGAAGAGGUGUAUCAGGAGAACGGCGAGAAGUGGCGACCCUGGGCUAGGAACGCCCGCUCGUUGCGCGUCGGCGAGGUCAUCCUCAUUGUGGAUUCGGAUACGAUUGUGCCCGAGGACUGCUUCCGUGAUGCCGCCCGCGAGUUGGCCGAGUCUCCUGAUGUCGCUAUCAUCCAGCAUGAGUCCGAUGUCAUGCAAGUCGCUCACCACUACUUCGAGAACGGAAUUGCGCACUUUACUCGACGGAUCAACAAGUGUAUCUCAAUGGGCUGCGCGAACGGUGAGGUCGCUCCGUUCGUGGGGCACAACGCUUUCCUGCGUUGGUCGGCGAUCCAGGAUGCUGCUUUCAUUGACGACGACGGCAAGACGAAGAUCUGGUCCGAGAGCAACGUCUCCGAGGACUUCGACAUGGCCCUCCGCUUGCAACUGCAAGGUUACAGCAUUCGUUGGGCAACGUACUCAGAGGGUGGAUUCAAAGAGGGGGUGUCACUGACGGUGGAUGAUGAGCUUAACCGGUGGCAGAAGUAUUCGUACGGCUGCAACGAGCUCAUCUUCAAUCCUAUCAAAGACUGGUGGCAUAUGGGUCCGGUCACAAAGCAAUUGAGGACGUUCUACUGGUCUGACGCACCAAUCCACUACAAGAUCAGCAUGUCGUCGUACAUGUUCUCGUACUACGGAAUCGCUGCCUCGACCGUGCUUUCGAUCGUCAACUACUUGGUCCUUGGCUUCGCCCUGAACAUCGACGGCUUCUACAUGCACUCGUUCGAGAUCUGGCUCGCAUGCAUGGUCGUGUUCCCUGGGGCCGGUAACGCGGCUUACACGUUGCUCGAGUACCGGCUGGGACAUCGCAAUAUCCUUGCUGCGUUGGUGGAGAACUGUACCUGGAUCCCUUUCUUCUUCUUCUUUUUCGGCGGACUGAGCAUCCAUCUAUCGACCGCGUUGUUGGCGCACAUGUUCUCGUACAACAUGACAUGGCAGGCAACAAAGAAGGAAGUCGAGCGAUCAAACUUCUGGAUUGAGGUGCCCCGGAUCUGGCAGCGCUUCCGACUCGCAUUCGUCAUCUGCUUCGCUAUCAUUGCCAUGAUGAUCGUGUUUUCGCUACCCGUCGUCACCCCGGCUUGGCAGGUGCCAGCGUCGAGUUGGGCCGUCAUUCUUCCCCUUGCUGUUGUCGCCGGCGGUCAUAUCUUGUUCCCCAUCGUGCUCAACCCCUGGUUGAUGAUCUUCUCAUACUGAGCACCGAACAUUCCCAGUCGCAUAUUUUAUACUCGCAUAGAUUUCCCCCUUGCCCACAUACGAUAUACAUAGCUAUCUUAUCUUAUCACCAUGGCGCUCAUGUACACUGCCCACUCACACUCUCUGAUCUUGGGUCUUAUUCUUGGACGUUUGUACGAGUGUAUUUAGACUCUUCUUGUUCCAUCCACUCGUUUGUACUUGACAGCCACCGCCGCGAAAUAGAGACAAUUGCUCGGUGUUAACGCCAAGGCACUUUCAA